GCGCGUACGCCACCAAGCUUGCGAAGGGCGGCAGCGGAGUAGGGGCGGGAAGCGCCGCCGGAGCAGGAGAAGAACUUUGGGAAGAAGUGGAAGACGAUCGAAGUGCGGAAGAAGCUGCAUCCCCUGGCAUGUUUGGCACCGUCAAGCAGGCCCUCGGCAUGGAAACAUCGGCGGACGACGUGAAGCAGAACCGCGGAGGCGGCGGUGGGGUCACUGGCACAGAGACAUUCACCUCCAAAUCUCCCGCGGAACGCCGCAAGUUGUCGACCCUCACUCCAGGUCGGGUAGCAGGAGCAUCGGAACGGCAGCACACGAGAUAUAGGUUCCCCGCACCCGAGGGAGAACUCAUCGUGACACGCGCGUCCGAGACACGGUUCGGGACUACUUCCGGGCACUACCCACACUGCGAGUACACGAUCGUUGAGACUGCACGUACCCCUGGAAUCAACGGCAACACAGAGUGGCCAUCCGGCCAGUGGGACAACGCUGGCGUGCCCGGUACGGAGGACAGUCGCGAAUAUAUGCAUGUAGACAGAGAGGACCCAUACGAUCCUCCUGGUGUCGAGAGAGACUUGAAGUUGAGAUACGGAGGCCGAAAAUGGAGGCUGGAGGAUCAAGUGGACUGAAUAUGUUUCCAAGUCAUCAUUGUCCUCUUGUAACAGUGUAACCUCGCGUACUAUCAUACGUCGAGUCGUUCAGGAGACCAGUCGCCCAUAAUGCUGGUUUACAGUUUUAUGAGAUUUCAUAAAUCAUG